AUGGGCGACGAGGCCCCUGAGCCAAGGCAACAUGGUCCUGCUGCGUGUCGUACGAGGCCUUGCCUUAUCUCCGGUAGCCUCCCCUGGGACCUCGAAGCCGGGGUCUUAGUGGAGGUCUACCGGAGAAGAGCCCUGAUGCGGCAGAGAGAGCCCCUCCCGGAAGAGAUCGUACGCUGGAGCAAGGAAGGUCGCGACGAUCUCUUCCGGCGAUGGCAAGAGAGGUUGGCGGACGCCUCGGUGAGCAGUCGCCUCAUCGAGGCCGUCCGCCCCGUCCUGCGCCAGUGGGUGGGUGGAGCGAGGCACCAGGAACCGACUUACUUCCUGACGCAGCUUCUCACAGGGCACGGCUGUUUCAGCCGUUACCUGUGUGAAGUUGUGGGGAUUGAGUCGGGUCCCGAGUGCCACCAUUGCGCGUCCGGCGACGUGGACACGGCAGAGCACACACGCUCGCCGUGUGCACGGGCUGGGACGCGCAACGCGCCACACUCACUGGCACAAUAA